AAAACCUUGCUCUCGAGCUCGAUUGAAAAGUAGCCAAACAAAAAAUAUUCUCUGAAAAGUCUUAUGAUUUUUGAUAAACAACGCCAUGUCAGCCAAAAAUAUUUAUUAUUCAGACAAAUACACAGACGAUGAAUACGAAUACAGGCAUGUGAUGUUACCAAAGGAGAUAGCAAAGUUAGUGCCGACUACACAUCUUAUGUCUGAAGCAGAAUGGCGGAGCAUUGGAGUUCAGCAAAGCCCUGGCUGGAUCCACUACAUGAUGCAUAAACCAGAACCACACAUUAUGCUAUUCCGUCGCCCCAUUCCAAAGAGCUAACAUGGGAGGAAAGUGGUUCCGAUAAGUUUUACAUGUGAUAGACCAGUAAUCCAUUAAGACCCUGCUGAACAACACCAUCUUUUCUGUCUUGGACGUCAGUGUCUUGACUCUUCAUUGAUUUUUAUAAAGUUAUGAGUAGUACGAUGAACUAAGCAUUGCCAGCAUGUGGAACAUCACAUUUGUAAUGAGGCCAUUUUUGAAUGAGAUUGUGUUUGAUGUUACUACCACGAAGCAUUCAAGCACAAGUUAGUUCUUACAAACCUCAAGUUUUGAUUUAUAUUGGAGUUCAGGAUCUGGUGUGUUUUUUUCAAUUCCUAGAAAAAUGAAGUUGACAACAAUUGAAUUGUUUAUUACAAUUUCUUCAGUAAAAUCCAUCACAUGUUUCAACAUUGAACCAGUCAUCGAAAUUAGACUUUGGAUGUACAAGCCCAAAUUCUUAAACUUUUGCUUGGCAUCAAAUUUUUUAACAAGCCCUGCUAUAUAAAAUUCAGAAUUUGAGCAAGCCUGGAAGGCAUUUUACCAGUGCAGGGCUUGUGGGCUCGUGCUAAUUUCAACCACUGUUGACCACCAAAAAAAUCAUGGAUAUUUUGAAAAUGUGCAGUCAAGUUAUAGGCUGAUACUAACAAAUUACUAUUUAAAAGCCACUGAAUGCUCUUAAGACAGUAUUGUACAUUGGUAAUGGAAUGUAAUUUUUUUUGCAUAGUGUUGGGUCAAUUAGGUCAGCAGAAUGGACACUUUCAGUCUUACUCAUAAUUUUGUUUGUGAUUACUAUGUUUUGUUUGGUAUCAUUUUAUUCAUAAUUCACACAUUGAAGUUGUUUCCACACAUUAUAAAUAUAUUGUACAUAUGAUCUGUUUGGUUAUGAAUGAAAAUGGCAGCAGGUUGGUUUCUCUUUUAGUAUUACCAGAUCAUUGACUGAUUCAUAUUUAAGUUGAUACAUUUUUCAAAUAGAUCUGUAUCAAAUCCUAUUACUUUUAAUCCAGGCAGGCCAUACCAUCAUUAUCAAUCAUCCAAAUUAGUGUAUUGGAUAUAAAAGCCAUAAUUCUUACACUAGUGCUUGGCAUAAAAAAUCAACUAGCUCUGUCAUAUAAUAACUAGAAUAUCAGCCCUCCUUGUUAGGCAGGUUAGCAUUAUUCUAGUGCAGGGCUUCUGCUCAUUUCAACCACUGCAUUGAUAUGCAUAAUCUAUAUUAUUUUGUAUCUAGGUAUUAUCCCUUGUUUACCUACUUUGUAUCGCCAUUGACAAACUUCAGGACUUUGCUCUAGUGUUUGUAAUAUUCCUAAGUGAUCUCAGACUGAACAAAUGGAGUACUCACUUCUGCUCUCUUAUUCCUGCAUAGGGAAAUUGAUAUACAAGUUACAAACUCAUUUUAACACACAUGUAUAGUAAUAUACCAUUGCCAACCUGUACAUGUGUAUCUCUUGAAGCAUUUAUUAAUUACAUCAUUGGCAUAGCCAUUUUAAAUGUCAGUCUGAAAUAUAUGAGAAGAAAUCUAACAUUGCACCAUUUCUCCAGGAAUGUGUGAGUCUGUGGAAGCUGGAUUUCAUAAAUGUUUUAAUCAGGCAUGGCUUUAUGGGCCACCAGUCAUGGAAUUCAGUAUUAACUAAAUUUGUCCAGUCUUAAUAUCAGUGUGUAUACCACAUGAUAAAUUGCGUCAUAAAUGUUUUGUUGGAAGGCAAUAUUAUACAUGUACUAUGAAUGACGACUUAAAACAAAGGUUACUUCACCAUUUUAAAUGAAACACAAGGCAGUAUACUCUGCUUACAGAGCUUCCUUUGGCCUUUUACCAGAGUUUGGUUGAUGGUUUAGUGUCUUAAAGCACUUUGACAAAUCUAGAGCACCGUUAAAACAUUACAUUAUUUUGAAAACCGGUUUGGCAAAGUGUUAAAAGAAACUAAUCACUUAAUCAAACUCUGGUAAUGAAAGAGGCCGGAAUCUUUAAGUGGCAUGGCACCCUCUGAUCUCGAAGCAGAAUGCAGCAUUCAGAUGUAGCAUUUAUGAUGUAAUUUAUGUGUCGUAUACCCACACUUAAAGAUUUUGUUACAUUCCCUUAGUAUGCAUUCUGUCUGUACAUAAGUAUCACUGAUCAAGUGUAGACAUGGCAAAACUGGAAAUAUGUUAAGUGUCAUUUUCUGUGUAAUUGGAGAAACAUACUGUUCUUUUUUGUACUCUUAAAUUUCAUUGAAUUAAACAGUUCUUGUGUACUGACUUUGUUUACUCCCAACUAUAUUAUACUCUCCAUACUACUUUUGCUUUAGUAAGUUAUCUAAAUCUGGACUGUAUGCAAAGUGCUUUCUUCUAUCAUUUGUUUAUUUUUUUUAUGACUAAUAAAUUUUCAUAUGA